UGUUGCGAUAAGAUGAAGGACUGGUGUUAGCGGCUCUCAUGGAUUUGCUGUGGCGACAGGGAACCACCGCCUUUUUUACCAGGGGCCUUUUUACUAGGCCUUUUCUACCAGGGGAUGCCGUCUAAUCCGUUGUCAUUUGUCAACAUCAAUUUCAAGUUUUCAACUGGAAGAUCCGCCGCCGACAGUUGUGACUUAUGUCUUAACUAGACUAUGACUUAUGACUUAUGUUGACUUGUUGGGCUGGAAGGUUUUCCUUCCCCCCCUGUUGCAUCGUCUCCCCGAAUCAGUGCCAUCCUACGGAGCCGAUCCGCGACGCCAUCUGCCGUUCUGAGCCGACGAGUCUUCUGGCCACCGGGCAACGGACAGGUGAAGGCGUGAAGUGGCGCUCCACCAAAACAUCACGGACGAGAAUGAAUAUCCAACGAACUAUCCGUAUUUUUCAUAGUGAUGACCUGUGGCAGUCCAUUCACCAUUGGAUAUUUGGACUGCUGUGGACUGCUGUGGACAGCCGAGGAUUCCAGAGGUGUCACUACCAGGACUCCGUACUCAUGCUGACACAGGAUUCGACAAAUGUGGUGAUGCCAUUUUUAUCUCCAUCAGCCCGCCAACGAAUCCGAAAAAUCUCACCAGUGUCCGCCCUCUGCACAUCAUCCUAUCUGCGUUCUGAGGCACCAGUUGGCGUUGGCCGCCGCAGAUGUGUAAUGUGUAGGGGGUUCCACACCCAACAGCUCGGGCACUGCCGAUUGGGAUGGAGUUUGGACCCGGUUGUCGAAACUUGAAACCGAUGUAGACACGGCAUUCGUUGUAGUCGGCUCUCAGGAGUGUAUGGUGGAGCAGUCAUUGGUUGGAGUAACUGGCUCUGUUUGGCCGUAGGCAUUGUCAUCAGUAUGAAUGCUCAGAGUUGGUUGGCGCGUCUGAGAAGAG